AUGCCCGGCAAGAACAUCACACCUGAAGACAAAAAGUACCCUUGGUCCGGCUGGGAGUUCGCCGACUCGGACGAAGAAGAAAUCAACAACGUAGAUAGGCUCUGGAAUGGGCCCCUUCCGUCGCAACCUGCCGUGCCAGAAUCGCAAGCUACAAUUGCAAAAACCAAACCAUCAAGCAAUGACAGCGCGAUGGCUUCCAAACCAGCGUCAAACCAAGACGUGACCAAAGAGAAGGACAAGAAGACGAAUGAAAAAGAGGCAAAGGAAGCUGUUGAACGUGAUGCGGCAUCCAGCAAACCCCCUACCGCCGAGAAGAAAGAUGACAAGAAAGCAAAGGCAUGA